UUAUAUAUAUAGUCUAAAAAAAUAUUUUCGCUUAAAUUUGAGACGGAUUGAACAGAUUUCUGAAAAUGCUCAAGAAUUUAGAGGAUUUGCCUCUUUUCUAAGUAGGAUUCAGAUUUUUUUUGUAAUUUCAGUGAUCAUCCCAUUUUAGUGUUGCUGAUAAUACUUUGGGACUAGUUUUUUUUUUAAUAUAUUUAUUAUUUUUUAAGAAAUAUAUAGCAAUUCUAUAAUGAAGUGGAAUCCACUCUAAUAGAUUGAGUAAAAUAAGAUAUUUUAUUUCUUCCACUAAACAUAGAGGAAAAAAAAUAGAGAUCCGUAAUUUAGAAAAAGAAAAAAUGUAGGUUGGAAUAAUUUACUUUUAAAUAAUAUUACAAAAAUAAAUAUAAAGAUGAGUCGCCAACAAAAAAAAAGUAUAUAUAUCUAUACUAUAUUAAAAGGGUUAUAUGAGCAUCAGAGAGUGUGUCCACGUAGAACAAUUAAAUCAUCCAAUCACAACAUUUCAUUAAAACACGUCAGAUUUCAUUAAAACACGUCAGAUUAUUGAGUUACGUUUGAGACGGAAGUCUCGAGAUUUACGGCUCUACCUCUUCGUCUUCUUCGCUUGAUACCACAGUGAUUCAGUUUGAUUGAUCCACUUCUGCAUAAUCAAUACUCCACGAUCAAUCGAUUUCUUCUUUAUGAUUUCGUAUCAGAUUAACACCGCGAAGGUCUUCUCACGAGACCCAGCCAGCACUUGAGUGCGAAAAUUACAGGUUAUAGAUUCCGGUGGAGAGGAGAAGCAACCGUAACGGGAGAGAAGGAGAUGGAAGGAACAGUAAUGAAAGACGCGGCGGCUGAAGAUAUCGCGGCGAGGCUUUCCUCUCUCGAAGGCCUAUACUUCCCACGUGCCGUCCAAUCAACCACUGCAUCUUCCGACCAACGCAAAUCCAUCCUCCUAGACCUUCUCCGUCGCUAUCCCGCCAUUUUCCUUGAGCGUUAUGGAUCACAGCUGAGUCUAGACGAAUUGCUAGCCUUUGAUGCUCUGAAACAUGACUACGAGGUUGAUUGGCACUUGAAGAACCUGAGGAAGAAGAUAAGUCCAACCUCAGAGGAGCUGAAAUCGAGGUCCGUAGCUGUGAGGAAUAGGAGACUGGCCCACUUGAACAAGCUUGUAUCAGAAGGACAGUAUUUCUCGGAGGACGCUAUAAGAGACAGAGAGCCCUAUCUACACCACGAGUAUGUCGGGAAGUUUCAGGAUUCGAUGAGUAGGAACAUGGCUAGGCCUGGAGAACGUUGGUCAGAGACUCUGAUGAGACGGGCAGAGGAGGCUGCGUUGGUUUCUAGGAUUAGAGAAGAGCAGCAGAGGUUAGGUGUUGCUGAGUGUGAUUGGGUUAGUAAUGAGAACAUGGAGGAGUCAGAAGAGGAAUCAGAACAAGAAGAAGUGGAAACAGAAGAAGAGGAGGAAAAGCAGACAGGAGCUAGCUCAAGCCUUGCAGAGGCUGGUGGAGCAGAGAACAAGCAGGGAACAGUCUUACCACCGGAGGAGAUGCAAGAGAUGAUGGAACAGUUCACAUCUAUCAUGCAGCAGAAGUUUUUAUCAGGAGAAGAUCAUGAGCAUUUGGAUUACACAAAGAUAGACAAUGACGAGAAUCUUGAUGAUCAUUGGCUUCGAGAGGUUGGCCUUGACGCUGAAGAGAAGUACUUUGGUGAUGACUAAUGGACACAGUCAAACUUCCUUGCUCUUUGUAAGAUUUGAUAUCUCCUCUCUUUCUUUAUCGAAGAAAAUACUGAUUGUUGGUAUUAGAUAGUGACAGUAUCAGUAUCUUAUGAUAAAGAGAGUGAUUUCAUCUUUGGUAGGCAAGCUUAUGAAAAAGUCCAAACCCCAAAACAAUAACAUUUGCGUGUGUGAUUUUGGUUGAGAGUCUUCAAAUCUCUCUAUGUAUAGUCUUUACUGUUUUUUUUUCAAUGGUGGAGUCGUAUUUUGUUUUUGAGUGUGUGUGUUUUAGUCAAUGUAAAGAUGCAGGCUUGAGAUUCCCAUGAAAACGAAUGUUAUAAAAAGUUGAUAGUGUUUUCAUUCAUCACAAAAAAUAUAUACAUAGUGGAAGAGUAGAAUGGUAAAUUGAUGGUCUGGUUCUUUAGAGAAAGUGACGGAAUGAUAGAAAUUGAAUAUAAGUGUAUAUAUUAUUGUACCCUAAACCGGGUAAAAAUUCAUUGAAUAUUGAUAGGGUGCAAUAUAAAUGUAUUCUCAUUGGUCUAUAACCGGUCCUGUCAUAACUAGAGGUAUGCCUCUUCUUAAGAAAUGAAUCUCUUUUGCUUUGUUACUUCACCUAACUCCUCCAUUUUUUUUUGUUCUUCUGAGAAGGUGAAUCCCCUAAGAGAAGAGUUAACAACUUAGAGACUAGAGAAAAGCUGGGGCUGAACCAGCUACCUAAACCAGAUUCAAGAACCAAUGAACCUCUCCCUGAAUCCGCUGAUGCUUAUCAGAAAAUAGAGAUGGAGAAAGCAAAGCAGGACGAUGGGCUUGCAGAUCUAAGUGAUCUACUCGGCGAACUCAAGAACAUGGCUAUUGAUAUGGGAACUGAAAUCGAAAGGUUCUCUUUCAUAUCUCUCAACUAUUGUACAUACAUUUUCUCUAUGAGUAUUCCUCGAUGAAACUGAUUUAUAUAAAUGAAAAUAAUCUUUGAUUUAUAUGUAAAUAGACUAUUUCGAAUGUAACAUGUAUUUUUUUCCCUUAAUGGGAGUCAAUAGGAGAAUUCACGUAUCUAAUA